AUGGAGGUCUUCGACGGUGUCGAUCUGGACGACCUGCCGUCCAAUGCUUUCGACUCUUCGCUGAGCGACGACGAAUUCUCGAGCUGGCCUUCUGAAGGGUCGCCGGACCCGCUCGACCGUGAUGACGAAAGCAUGGAUCUUUCGGACGAGGGAGCUGAAGACGAGUACGGCGACUAUGAGGACUACGACGAACACGGCGGACACGACUGGGAAGAAAACGAAGAUCAUCACUCGGACGAGUACCACGAGCACUCAGGCUCCGAGUACGGCGGCGGCGAGAUCGAGUUCAUGUUUGACGGCGAGAACGAAGUGCUCCAGGAGGACGAGGAUCGGGAAGGCGAAGGCUUCCGGGAUCUCGAGGGCGGCUUCGAUGACAACGACGAUCAACCUUCUCCCCGACCCCACCUGCCAGACCGCCGCAGCGUUGCCGAGCUUUUCACAGGAUUUCAACCUCGCCACCAACCAACACGCUCCGCAUUUCCGCCAGGCUCGCGCCCUGACAGCCCGCCUGCGAACAUCCUCCCGCCCAUCGACACUAUCCUGUCAAGCUUGGGGCUUGGCGCCAUGCCGGAAAUGGAGUCCCGCCGACGCCAGUCAUUGCGUUCUCCCGGGCAAGAGCGAAUACCGGUCGGGCGCGCGGACGGGUGA